GGUUUGCUAUAACAUAAGCCAGACUAUAACGUUAAACAGUCUUGGUCGAAAUCUCGUCCACUACUUUUAUUCAUACACCCUAUUCUCCCUCUAACUGAAAAAUGACACAAUUUCAAAACAAAACUGAACGAAAUUGUUUUCUCGGAAAUAAUUGUGGAUUGGAGGAGAGGAAGGUUAGCGAGCGUAUAAAAGGCGCACUAAAAAACACAUUGAAAUUAAAACGAGCAAGCAGCUACACUUUACAAACCACAGUCCUUUUCAUGUAAGAAAAAGUUUAUCAAAACAUAGAGAUGGUAUCCAGGACAUUUUUUUUCCUUUUCUUAAUUAUAUUAACAGUGAAAAGUGAAAAUAAUACGUUGGGAAAUGUUAUGAAAAAGAUUGUGUCGGAAUACAGUAAUUCGACGUCAACCUGCAACAACUACGCUCCGUGGUUUUUUGAACAAAUGAUAAAACUCCUAAACUGUGGUCCUUUACCGAAAUUGAACAACAGUCGAAUACAAUAUACUUUGAAAUGGGAAGAGGAAAAAAUACACCUGCAACAAAAGUGCAACCGCAAUUUUGAAGCAAGCGUAGAGAAUACGGCCGAUAUUAUUUGUUGGAAUGGUAAAUGGAUGUAUGAAGAUAAAAAAUGUAAGUUAAUAACCUGCCCCAUUUUUCAUAAACCUGCACACAGUUUCAUGACAAAUGUUGCAUACACAUAUAACUCUGUUAUUCACUUUUCCUGUGUUUCUGAUUAUAUUUUGCGAGGAAACAAUUCAAUACGGUGUCAAGAAAAUCAGCAGUGGUCGUCUCUACCACCAGCUUGUGAAAUUGUUAAAUGUCUCCUACUGCAUCCACCCAAACAUGGCAAUAUAAACAAUACAAAUGAAGUUAAAGUUAACGAAACAGUUUCUUUCACUUGCUUAAAACCAUAUAAUCUGAAAGGUGAAUCUGUAUUAACUUGUCUUCGAGACGGUAGCUGGAACUUUCCGACACCUGUUUGCACUUUGAAAUGUGUCGUACCUGAAAUUGCUGGUAGAGUUGUGACUAUUUCUGAAGGUACAAUUUUAAAACCAAGAACCUUAAUCAAUCAAGGAGGGAAAGUGUUAUAUUCUUGCAAACGAUCUUUCAUGCCUGUCGCGUUUGGUGUCGUUCAAUGCUUAUCAGGUAAAUGGUACCCAGACAUAAAAUGCAGAAAAACGUGUAAAAUUGAGAAACUACAUGGAUUAAAUUUUAUUUUGUCACAUAAUUUUUCAGUUAUUGAAUAUAGCUGUUCAGCAGGAGAAACUUUGCUGGGAGAUUCUAAAAGAACCUGUUUAGAAAAUGGAACGUGGAGUGGAAAACUUCCACAGUGUGUAAAGAACUGUCAAUUGUUACCCGAGUUUGGCAUAUAUGGCUACCGAAAUUCAGACACUUUGAAAUAUCUUCCGUUUGGCAGCACAGUCACAGAAAACACGAAUGUUACUUAUUCAUGUCAACUUCCUUAUGUGAAUAACACCAACGAUAACGUGAUAUGUCAAAAUGGUGUAUUGACCCCCAAACCACGCUGUUCAUAUGCAGAUAUUCGGCUGAUAGAUUCCAAAGUCAUUUUUACCCAUGAAUCGUCAAAUCAUUUUGUUUGUGAAACAAAUUACACUUGCGAAUUCUUUGGUUACAGACAGAUAUCAUGCGAAUGGGUAAACUGUGGGUUUCGUUCCCGCUUUCAUUGUGUCAAUGUAGGUUUUAACAAUGUAACAUCAGAAAUAUAUGCUGGUUCAUUAGUUACUCAUUGUUGUGUUCUGCAGUGUAAUGAUUAAUGUACAUUAAAUUUGUUUGUUCUUGCUUGCAAUCUUUACAUUCAAUUAUGACAACGUAAUGGAAGUCGUUGUCAUGUGCUUGUUUUUGACACUUAUCGUAAUAUAUGUAAUUGGAAGCAGACGUAAAAUUUAAACUCGCGUUAUAAACCGGCCUUCCAGUCAAACUGUACACACCAGUAAACUGAGGAGACAUUACUAACAACUUAAAAUUGCGUUCGUUGUGGCACUCAAGUAUCACGAGGAUCUUUGAUACUAAUUUCUAUUUAUCAUGUCUCAGGAGGGUAUGUUUUCAAGAGAAAGUAUUUGAACUUUACCGGCAAUCCCAAGAUUAGUGUAGUAUAAUUCAUAUGAGUUUUAUAUUCGUUAUUGGCACUCUCUUUGCCACUUUCCCUCUCUCAUUGCUAAGUACUUUCAUGUGUUUACACAGAUAAAUUAUUAUAAUACUAUCUUGCCCCGUGCCAACAAAAAUGACGGCUAAUUGGGUAAUUUUUCAGAGUAACACCCGCACGAUUUUCACUAAAAAAAAAAAAAAAAACUUUUUUGUGUGGAAUCCCUGACUUAAUAAGCUGCAAAUCCCUUAUUUUGGUUCGAGAAAAGGUAGGGGGAUGGUGAAUGGGACCCCCCUACGGCCCCGGAUUUAUUGGAAUUUUUUUUUUUUUCGAUGAACCUCUGUUUGAUUUGUUUUCACCGUACGACUUCCAUCAUCCCACUACCAAGUGUGCCAUCACCCCUUCUUUUCUCAUUCAGAUGUUGUGACAGAGAAAGACACAAACUUCUAUUAUCCCACUACCAAGUUUGCCACCACCCCUUCCUUCCUUAUUCAUCUACAAACUCCUCCCUUUCUCAUUUAUAUGUUGUGACGGAGAAAUACACAGUAGCUUUAGCGGAUCUUUCUGAUUUGACGGGCAACACUUUUCAUUAAUGUUUUAUGUAGUGUUUUUGGUACCGAAACACUUUCAAACUUCUUAUACUUGUAUAUUUUGUGUUAUAGAACAGAUAAAAAAUUUUGUAUUCGAAGUUAUUUCAUGUAAAAAAUUGUCGUAUUUCGGUAAUUUCAACCAAUCACUGACGUCUAUUCAGGUGAAAACAAUUACUGCCGUGGAAUGUAAACAACGGUGUCAUGGGAUCUUUUCCCUUGAAUAAAAUUAGUGCCGUUGUUUGUCAACAACAACUAUCCGUGUUACUGUAAUUUGACAUCAUUCGUGCGUUUGUACUGGUUUUAGGAUUACGGUUGGGGUUAUGAUUAUUUUUGCCAUAACCUCACUCAUAACCCUAACCGUAACCCCAACCCUAACUCUAAACCCUUACUAGGGAAUAAUAAUAUAAUUAAACAGGGAAUAACACUCUUGACACCGGCAAAAAGUAUUGUUUAUAAAAAGAGCAGUAACUGUAUUCAGCUGAAUAGACGUCAGUGAUUGGUUGAAAUUACAGAAAUACGACAACUUUAACAUGAAAUAACUUGCAAUAUAUAAAUUUUUGUUAAGAAAGCUAAGAGAAAAAGAUGUUUUAUAUGACACAUUCUACCAGUGUCCCAAGUUUGAAAGUGUUUCGUUAAGAAAACAAGUGUUGCCCGUCGAAU